AGAAUCAGCGAACAGUGAGCAUGCGCUCCACUAAAGGAAGAGCCCAUUAGCUUUCAGAGGACUAAUCUGUGAAGAAUGCUCUAUCAGUCGGCACUAUCAGCAGGUCCUCCAGUAGAGGAAGGGUGGUGUCUCUUGGUUUUAAAAUGGAUUCUAAUGACAAGAGAGAAGUGAGUGCGCCAAGUGACUCAUGUCAAGUGGACAUCCUUAUCUAUGAAAGAUGGGGUGGCUCUCUCUUGCAAUGGCUUCACUGCUCUCAAGGCAGCCAGACAGGGCUGGCGAACAAUCAGGCAGAGAGGACAUCUACUGCAGGCUUCAGCCAGGGAGGGUAGGUGCUCUGAUUUUAAAAGAACCUUCUGACUAAGAAAUGAGAAGUAAGAGUUUCUAGAAUUGAGAAAAAAACAGAAGGUAGUGUAGACAAGUUGGGAUAGUGUAGCCCACAUCAGGUCUUCUGCAGGGUGGUUUAAGUCAGUUAUGUCAGCAAGUCCAAUAGAGUAGGAAUUCAGGAGAAGUCCACAGCAGACUGUUCUAUUCCAGGCAGCUCGUCCCUCCUCAAGGCAGCUGGCAGCCACAGGCCACCAUGACGGAGUGGACCCUGCUCAAACGUCUCCUGGAUGCUGUUCACCAGCACUCCACCAUGAUCGGUCGCCUGUGGCUCACCGUCAUGGUUAUCUUCCGGCUGCUCAUUGUCGCCGUGGCGACUGAGGAUGUGUAUACCGAUGAGCAGGAGAUGUUCGUGUGCAACACACUGCAGCCGGGAUGUUCCACCGUCUGCUACGACGUGUUUGCGCCCAUAUCGCAACCUCGCUUCUGGGUCUUCCACAUCAUCAGUGUCUCCACGCCAUCCCUCUGCUUCAUCAUCUACACGUGGCACAACCUGUCCAAGCUGCCUCACAACACCACCCAGAGGCAGGGGCAAGGACCUGGGGAUAUCCCAGAGCAGGCAGGCACAGAUGUAGGGCGAGGCAGUGGACGGGAGGUGUAUGAUCGGAGCUGCGACUCAGACAGCUGCUCCAUCCGCUCCCAUAAGCAUCUAGGUCACAGCUUGGUAGAUGUGCUGGAGGGCAUCACCGCCCAGAGCCUCCAGAAGGGAGACCCCAACAACAUGGUGUCCUUGAGUCACGCCCAAACUUGCACCUUCAGGGAAGGGAGUGCAGAGGGUCACAUGGUGUCUGGAGGGGUUUUGUCUAAAUGUUAUGUCUUACAUGUGUGUUUACGGGCUGUUCUAGAGGUGGGGUUUGUCCUGGCUCAGUGGAAGCUGUUUGGCUUCCAGGUUCCUGUCCAUUUCCUUUGUACCUCGGCCCCCUGCAGCCAGCCAGUGGAAUGCUACGUCUCCAGGCCCACGGAGAAGACCAUCUUCCUGCUCUUCAUGUUUUGUGUUGGUGUUUUUUGUAUCCUGCUUAACCUUCUGGAGCUCAACCACCUGGGCUGGAAGAAGAUCCGGCAGGCUGUGAGGCUGAGGGAGAGGGCAACCUGGGGAGGUUGUCCAGGUAUGGGGAGGGGAUAUAAAACCUUCCCUCCAGACAGCCCCUCUCUCACAUCCCUUUUAGGCUUCAGGGAGGUGACCAGCACCACUUUCCUGCCCACUUUGGACCUGGUGGUGGGUCACCAGCCUGACACAUGUGCUGUGAACUGUGGCAGAAUGAGGGAGCUGGAGGAGGUCAGAGAGACUAGACCCGAGCAACCAGAGAGACAGGACUCCCAUAAAGGAGAGAGGCAGCCUCUGAAGAGUAAGAGGGAGAUCAGAGGGUCCAAGCAGAGGAGUGCUGAGGUCUGGAUAUAAUGUCGCUGCCUUUAUUUGUCUAGACGCAUGGAUUUUGGAAUUCAAAGGAUCCCCAGCAAAAUUAGUAGUUUAAAGGAUUGGUUAACUCAAAUUAACAGUAACAUAGCUUUCAAAAAAUAGGCUCCAUUAAUCAGGAUAAUCCACACACACUUUCAUCAGUUUUAUAGGGGCUAUUUCUUCAGCACAAAGUAGUUCCAAUAGAAAAACUGUUAAUGUACUGUGUAUUAUCCAAAACCAGGACGUUGUUUCUGGGAAACAUACGCUAGUGAUGAAUUUUUUAAAAUAACCUUUUAAUGUGCACCCCAAAUUAAUUUUACCUCCAAUUUACUGGUGUGGAGGCAGAAAUCUCAGCGACAGAUGUCUCAAAACCUGGACACAUAAAACCAAAAGUAAUUGCAUGGCUAGACACAACAUGAGGUAAUGGAGAAAAUACAUUUAGUUGCCAGAUUUUUGAGGUCCAUCUAGCUAAAAUCAAUGCAGUCUAAUCCAACUGCCCUGCAAUUAAUCCUACCUUCGUGAGGGUUAUAAUCUUCAUUUUUUGUUCAAACUGUUAAAAAGAAGUGUGUUGAUUCAACUUUAUGGUCAUUAUGGAGGCUGGACUUUGCAGUGCUUUUGGAUUAUAUGGCAUUAUACUAAGACAAGUUUCUAAUAUUUUGUCCACAACAUUUCUAUGAGUAAGGGUGGACUACGGCCUACUGGUUAAGAUACAUACCAUAUAAUCGCAAAGUCCCUGGUUUGAUUCUGACGGGGGAUGUUUGUUGAAUGUCAUACCUCUCUCCCUCCUGCAUUUCCUGUCUGUAUCUCUACUGAAGCAAGAAAUUCCAUAAAAACUUCUCAGUAUAUUGCAAUAUACACCAAUAAGUUGAAUCAACACCUCUCUAAAACAGUUUAAAAAAAAAACCUGGAACUGGAACAUGAAGGUAGAAUUUAUUGCAGGACUGUACCAGAUUAUAUGUUAGUUUCAGUUAGGUCUACUUAAUAAAUGGUAACUGGGUGUAUGUUUUUUGUAAUUUGGGUGAACUGACCCUUUAUUUCAGCAUAUACUAGCAGACUUGAAAUCAUCCCAGUUCGCUCUGUCUAUCUACCACUCUGAUUGGAUUCAUUCUGUCAACAAAUGUCUCUCCUAUCCAUUAACAACAAACCCUUCACCUACAGCACUUCUUGGACAAAAUCUUUACUGGAUGGACUUAAAGCAGCACUAUCUUGAAAAAUCACAACUGAAUGGAGAUACUUAAAUGUUCUUGCCAAUAAAUACUGGUUUGUAUGCUGAUGCUGGGUAAGUCUUAAAGCCUGAAGACAUCAAAAUGUGUGAUUUAAAAUAGUGCUUACCAUGCUAUGUAAGUUUUGGACUUUAUAAUGGAAUAAAAAUCUAUGUGGAUGUACUAUGUGUUCACAAUGCACGGGGUCUAUAGAUGACUAGGUAGUAAAUAGUGUAUAAAUAUUCCCUUUAGAGACUGAUCGCUGAUAAGAGGGUUGAUUCCCAACCUUUUUUGUUUAUGAUAUCUUAAUACAAAACAAUGUCUACAUAUUACCCGUCAUCACAGGUUGCAUGCAUUGUGAGCAAUUGAGUCAUUUUAGACUGUUUAAUUUGAGUAGCUUUCAGAGGCAUAAAGAGGUAUACUUAUACAGUAUUAAAUUACACAGCAAG